AUGGACGCAGAAAUCGAAAGACUCAAAGGAGAAAUCAAUCAAGAGGAGCAGGCUAAGGAGAUGCUUGAACAAUCUAUUGCUGAUUUGACAAAAACAGCAAAUGAAUUAGUUGAUGAAUUAGAAUUGCUAGAAGAGAACAAUGGAGAGGAAGAAUGGAAAGAAAGAUAUAACGAACAAGUUGAAAUGAACAAAAAUUUAGAGAAGCAAAUAUUGAUGCUUAAGGACAAAAUGAAAGAGCUGAAAGGAGAACUUGAGCGUGGUAACAAUGUCCAAACAUCAGAACUGGAUCAGAUGAAUGAGAUUGAACUUAAAAGACUCAUAAAACAGCUCGAGAGAGAAAAACACGAAUUAGAUGGAAAUCUUAAAGACCUUGAAUGGCAGCUGGACACAGAAGCCAAGAGUCGGUACAAAAUUUACGAAGAAAUUCAAGAAUACAAAGCAACAACAAACGAGAAUAAUGCGUUGAAGGACAUUAAAACAAAAUUUCCUGUUUAUUCAAAAAUUCCUUCAAAGACAAGAUAUUACGGAAUACCAGACAACCAGAGAAUUUUAGACCCAAGCAAAGGCCCUGUAAGAAGAACAGCGGCUGCUGGUCGGUUGCCUAAAAUUGGAAGCCGUGAGGGCACCAGCUCUGUUAAAAGUAGCCCUGGACCCACAGAAUCUACAGCACAUGUCAAACCACGUGGCUAUAACAGCGCUGAAGAUUUAAGGACCAAAUAUGGAAAAAGUUAG